ACCCAGCGUGCACCAGGAAGGAAUAUGCGCCUUUCCCCAAGAUGGCGGCUGCCUGCCUUCGUGUGCCCGGCCUUCUUUCUGCCACUGUGAGCCGAGCUGCAGGCUUAAUUGUGUCUUUCAAAACGUCGGUCAGAUCGUUUCAUAGUAGCCGCAGGGCUUUUGGAGAAUUGCCCUCAAAGUCACAGCCUAGUGAACAGGUCUGUGAAGCAGAAUAUAUCCCCACAAAGAAGGCCAAGAACCCCAUGAAGGCAGUUGGCAUUGCUUGGGCCAUUGGUUUCCCUUGUGGCAUCAUCCUUUUCCUCCUCACUAAGCGAGAAGUGGACAAGAACCGUCUGAAGCAGCUGAAAAUCCAUCAAAAGAUCCAUGCAUCCAACAAGGGAGAGUAUAAAAGAGAACGAUACAGGGCAACAUCACUAGCAACAGAAGAACUUAUAGAAACGAAAAACUAGCCCUGGGGUGCAAAGUUGCUGGCACUCUGUACUCCUACCAUGCAGUUAUUGGCUUCAGCCAUUCACAGAUAUCCUGGUGAAUUCCCUGUACCUACCUGGGGCACGAUACAGGGCUGUACAGUAUAUAUAGUGAACUGAUUUUUCAUGUUACCUUUGCAUGAAAUUUAGCAGAGGUUAUCAAUAAAUCCUUCAUAAUCAGUACCCUUCAGCAUUGGAUAUAUCCUAAUAGAAGGCGAAGAGGCACAGCUUGCUAUACUUCCAGACCAGAAAGGGAUCUGAUAGGUCUGGGUAAAUGAGAGAUGAGAGCAGGGAUGCAGAACCUCUUUUGGCCCAAGGACUGACUUCCAUUUUUGGGAAGAUCUCCUGGGUAGAAGGGGUGGGUGAAAAACAACUAAGUAACUAAGCCUAGGGGGCAAAUAAAGUAACUGAGCCUUAAGAGAGGCAUUUGAAUGGCUUUUUAAAUGGGGGGAAAACACAAUAGCUGCCAAGCUGCCAAAUGAUUGGUGAUUUGGGGGGGGGGGAAGGGGUAGGGUCAGGAAGGCAUGGCCUGGGAGACCCUGGAGAGAUCAGAUGUUGCCACUGAGAUUGUGUACUCCUGGACGUUAGAGAUAAUAAUUACAGAUAGAUACAGGAGGCAGUAGCCAACAGGGCUGCUGCACUUAUGCAAGUGGUGCAGCCCUAGUGGAAGCAAGCCUUUAGCUCAACAGCAGUAGCAUAAACAUAUCUUCUCUAUAGGUGGUACAAAAGGUUGUGAGUAGUCAAUAGUUUUCAGUUCUCAUCACAUUUCUUUACAGUAAGACUGGCCGCACGUGAGGCCAAGUCACAUCAUUCCCAACUUGACAAAUUGUCAUAAAAAUAAUGCAUUGAAUACUUGAAAACUUAUGAAAGCUGAUUCAUUGGAGAUGCUUGGAAGGAAUCCAUGUAAGCCUGUUUUUCUAUACAGAUUUGAGUGUGUUGUGAAUGGAUUGACCCCAUAAGCCAACAGAGUUAGAAGUGCUAAAGCCAUUGAUGUCACUGAGCUUUGUGAGACAUCCACCACAAUAUUUAGUUUCCUAAAAACUGGUGGUAAAAUUAUUGCAUGGCCCUUUUUAGAGAAUCGGAUCAUACGUAGGGAUAGAUUGCUACAAUGAGCAACUGCUGUUUGUAACCACUGUUGAUAAUCAGAUAUAUUGUUACAUCACUUCCACACAAAGUGCCUUCUGCUGUCCUUACAUGCCUGUAAAAAAUGUUCAUUUCACUUAAGGUAACAUUUGGCACUAUCACCACUUAAACAGCUUCCAAUAACUUUCCUAAUAGCUAGGACAACCUAGCCAUAUCAAUAGGGUGUGAUAUAACGUAAAAGGAACAAAUUUCUCCAUAGUCCACACAUGUAACUGACUAGACAUCACAUUUAGGGAAUCAUUAAAUAGCAUGGCUAUGUGCAACUUUUCAGUGUCUUCCCCAAAUAUUGGGAUUUUAUUUGAAUGUACAUUUUUGUCUGAUAAUGAUUAGUUGUGUCUCUUUUAUGAGUUUUUUUUUAAGAAGUGGAACUUUUUAUCACCUGUUGAUUUUGUGAUGGGAGCAAAUAAAAUGGGGGCUUAAAAAUGG